AUGACCCAAAUUCUCGACCUACCCAGCGAACUAUUGGUUCUUGUGUUUCAAAAUCUUGACUGUAGUAACCUCUUUAAGCUUUGCAGAGUUUGUCGUUUGACGAAAGAGCUGGUUCAAAAUGACGUGAAACUGCAGGUGAUAACCGCCUUGGGAGUUAAUGGAAUCGAAGAUGGGAAGCCAGAGAUGGAAUAUUUUGCCAAAAUUGACCGCCUUCAGGACUUGCGCAGGCGUUGGCGAACGUUGGAUUGGCAGGCAACAUUCAACUAUAUCAUCGAGAGCCCCAUGAGAUACCGCGCGUACGAACUGGUCGAUGGAAUAUUUGCUCAGCUUGAACCGGAUGGGACCUUGGACCUCCUUCAGCUACCGUCUUCAGAAGAUCCCACCACCACGGUUCUGUGCCACAAGAAACUCGAGUUUACACCGUCAGACUUUGCAUUCGACCCGUCACAGGACAUCAUCGCUUUCUUGACCAUGGCUGCACCGGGCAGCCCGAACCCUCGUCGUCGGUCGCUCAAGGUCUCGGUGCACCACCUGUCCAACCUCAAAGCCGAGCCUCUGAUUUCUCUGCCUUUCGACAUAGCCGUAGCUGAGCCCGCGUGGCUGUCGUUUAUCUCACCCGCGAUACAGGUGGCAGGAUACGCUGUGGGCGUUUUCAUUGACACUGGGCCUGGCUGUCCAGCGAGAUUGGUGAUUUGGAACUGGAAAACUGGUGCCCUGGUAGCGGACUCGGAUAGAGAUCAGAACCUCCCCAAUUUAGCCUUUUCCUGGUCCUUUGUGGAUGAACAGCACUACCACAUAACGUCGACGAGGAACGGCGGCUUCCUCGAGGUUUAUCGAUUCGAUCCAACCGGGACAUUUCCAGGCUCGACCCACGUCACUUCUUUUCUUCUUCCUCCAUUACUCCAGUCUGUCCUUCUGGAAUCUUUCCACUCUCGAUGUGAACCGUGGAUGGCAAGCCCGUCCGCCCGCUCAUUUAGAUCGUCCCCAGAGAAGCAGAUGCACGUGUUCAAGCUUCAAUACCUGGAGCUUGCUACGUUCCGCCGACGCAGCUAUACACUAUACGUUCCAUCCUCCGUCCUUCUCAGAUGGAGUCACCAGGGGGGUACGCCGUGCAUCGUCUCGUGGGAUGAAUGGGGACUCCAUACGAGAUUCAUGCAAGUCGCAGGCUCGUAUCGAUUCAUGCGAUAUGUCCACGGCCAGCGUGUCGUCCUCCCAACCACAGAUGACGGAACCAUCCAAGUCCUCGAUUUCAACGUGCAAAAUUCACUUCCCUAUGGCUUUACUUUUAAACCAGGACUGCAGCAGUCCCUCUGCACAACCCCAGCGAUCAUCAUGGGCGGAGACUUUUUCGCCACGGACAUCGAGUCCCGACUACCGUAUUUAUUGACGACGGUGGAAGUCCCCGUUCAGGAAAGGUGCCAUGCGUAUCUCAUCGACCACGAGAGAAUCAUCGGGCUCACUGUGAAUGGUCCCAGUGCCCAGCGAAUCACGGCGAUCACUACACAUGUGCUAUGA